UUAGAUAUCAUACAGUUGUUGGUAUAACUACAACGAACGUUCCGGUCUGGAUCGGAUUAGAUAGAGAUAAUCUGACAUAAUUCAGAUAAGAUCAAGAGAUAACGCUGUUGUCGAGAUAAUUCAAGAACAACUCUUGGACAAAAUCUUCGCCGAAGAAUUUAUUUUAUAUUUCAAGCGUGUUUGGUUCAGCGAAUUGAAAAAUGUACGGUAUAAUCCUCGAUAGCAUGACUGACUGUAUUCGUCGACUCUACGGCGAAGAAACCUGGAAGAGAGUUGUUGGAUCGACUGAUAUUUCGAACACGGUCUUCACAACUCACAAGAUCUACGACGAGCAGAUGAUACCGAUCAUCGCCAAAGCUUUGAGCGGAAUCACUGGAAAUGGAAUCAACACCAUUAUGGAGCAGUUUGGAAGACAUUUCAUCGCCUACAUUGAUGACAUCAGAAAUGACAGAAUUGCGAAAGUUCUUGGACGAACUUUCAAGGAUUUUCUGAACGGACUUGACUGCAUGCACGAAUACUACCGAUUCAGUUUCCCAGAGAUGCAACCACCAAGCUUUUUCGUGGCCGAAGAGGACGAGGAAGGACUGGAAGUUCAUUACAGAACAAGACGAACUUUUACUGGGGUGAUGUUCUACGUGAAAGGAAUCGUUCACGAAAUUGCCACAAGUUUCUUCUCUCUUGAUGUGAAUAUAGAAAUCACUCAACAUGGAUUCACAGGAGACGUAUUGUGCGCAGUGUUCAGACUUCACUUUCGCAACGACGAAUACGUGCGGUGUCGAGAACUGAUCAAGGCAAAACGGGAUUUCAGAGAAAACAACAAACUAUCUUUCCCAUCUCACGUGUUUUUUGAACUGUUUCCGUUCCACGUCGUCUUUGACGAGAGACUUUGUAUCCUGAGCAGCGGUCAUGGAUUGGACGAGCUCUACCCCGGCCUGGACGGAAGAAGAAUCAAUGAAACUUUCUUCCUGACUCGACCACUGGGAUACGAUCUUACUUGGGAGAAUGUCUUGAUUCACACCAAUAAUGUGUUUGAGUUGACUUCUGUGAAGGCAGCAGGGAGAAGAGGAAAGACUGAUGACACGUCAAGAUUUCGUCACCAGAUGGCGGCAACACAUUUUAUAAAACUUCGAGGGCAGAUGUUAUACGUCGAAGAAUGGAAUCACGUUAUUUUUCUAUCAACUCUUAUGUUGGAUGACCUGAACACAAUGUACGAGAUGGGAAUCUACGUCAACGACUUGACUUUCCAUGAUCUGAGCCGGGAUAUGGUGUUGCAUGGACCGCAACAAACUACCGAAUAUAAGUUGGCACUGGAUUUGGAACAGGGACAAACAGCAAGACUUGAGGAAAUUAUUGAGACGUUGGACGCCGAAAGAAGAAAAACAGAUGUUCUUCUGCACAGCAUGAUCCCAAAGGAAAUUGCAAGAAGUUUGAAACAAGGAUGCACAACUAUGACACUGUGUGAGAGACACGACGAAGUUACGAUUCUGUUCAGUGACAUUGUGAAUUUCGAAAGCAUCUACAUGCACAUCGCACCACAUGAGAUUAUGAUCAUCCUGAACAUGAUGGUCAGCGUAUUCGACAUUCUUUGUGAAAAGUUUGGAAUUUACAAGGUAGAAACGGUCGCAGAUGGAUUCAUGGCCGUCUCUGGAGCGCCAACAUACGACGAACAUCAUGCUCGCAACAUGGCUGACAUGGCCUUUGAGAUGUUGAACGGCAUCAAGACUGUCAAGGACCCAAAUACUAGAGCUUCGAUCCAUAUUAGAAUUGGUCUGCAUUGUGGAUAUGUUGUGUCGGGAUUAGUUGGGCACAAGAUCCCAAGAUAUUGCCUGUUUGGAGACACCGUCAAUAUCGCGUCAAAGAUGGAGGCGACUGGAGAGGGACAACGCAUCCAGAUCAGUCAAACAUGCAAAGACAGUUUGAGUCGCUAUGGAAACACCUACAUUAUUGAAGAUAAAGGAAUGGUACAAGCGAAAGGGUGCGGGAAUAUCAUGACAUACUGGCUUACUGGUGUGAACUCAGACAGUAAGCUACUAAACUUAGAUACGAAAAGGCCGAUUGAAUUCAAAAACAUCAGAAUGGACACAGCUCCUUUCAACGAAGAAGUGCAAAAGAAGGCGUCAGUGGAUACUAAAGUUGAGAAGACAGAGGAGAAAAAGCCGAACGAAUCGACUGUCACUCAAGCCAGUAAUAACAAAUUGAUGCCUGCUAUGUCGCCAAAUGUAAGAAGUACACGGGAGGAAGUGAAGGACAAAAAGGAGCGAAACCCAAUAUCAGCAGUGUCUACGGCCCUCAUUGAUACAACAGUCAAUACGAAAAAGAGCUCGAAAAGCAGAGAAAAAGAAAAGAAAAAACCUUCAUUACCGACCAUUGCAUCUCAGUCAAAGAAAACCGAAUCUGCUCAGGGAACAAAGAAAACUCCGGAGAUGAAAAAACCAAUCGUCAGUAAAUCUACCUCAGAGAAGAUCUCAUCAAGUGGGGUGACAGCAAAAGAAGAAGGAAAGGCAGUAAAAAGAGGAAAACCAGCAAAUGAUAAACCAGUAGCUGAUCGGAAAAGCAAGAAAGAAAAACACGCGGAUGCGUACAAGACCUUGCUUAAAGUAAUUCGCCAUUAUGGAGCCAAAAAUGAUAUGGAUGAUAUGCCCGAUGGAAGUUUAAGCUUAGGAGAUCGAGCUCUGCUUGCUGAGAAGGAUAUUCUAGGUACAGUAAGAGUUGACAUGAAAGAUUCUAUUAAACGCGGUGACACAAACGGAAUGGGGAUGGACAGAAUGGUUGAAAAUUUGCGCCAGAAAAAUGUCAAGGACCAUCUACCGCGAUCUAUCGAAAACUUACUGCAAUUACCAAAUAUGGUGGUGCCGGGUUCACCACAGAUUAAAUCUGCGGUCGUCCCAAGAAUUGUUGUUAGUGAUUCCAACAGUCUGCCUAUGCCUACACCCAAGAAAAUUCCCAGCAACAGAAUUUCGUCGUCUAAAGGAUACAAUUUUCAACAAAAAGAAACAACCGAGCCCAUUACACUCAGAAAGUUUGGUAACGGUAGUAAGCAUGCAUAUAAAAACAAAGUAAUACCAGCCAGCACAGUUACAACACCAAGCCACAAAGCUAGGAGUUGCCAAGAAAACGCAGAAGAUAGUCUAAUCAUUACCGAGUCUAUCUAUGGGAGCACUUCAUCCUCAGCAUCGAUCAGAUCUUCGGGAUCCUACUAUUCAUCUUCAAGGGUUCCACCAAAAUGUCCCUUCCAGGCCGCUUAUGAAAGAAAAAGACGAAAUGACGGAGAUAAUUUCAAUCUGCUACGAAAAAGUCAGAUUGAUUCGAAGGUGUGUAACAUUCUCUGAAACAUUGACACAACAUUAAAUGUAUGAACAGAUACUUAUUUUGUUUAUUUUGCAAGGCUUUCAUAUCAAAAUUAUCCAAUGUAUUGUUGUAUCUUUCCCCAAAAAAGUUUUCGGUCGUGAUGCUUGGUUGACAAGAGCUCUCGUUCGGCGGUGUAUUUACCAAAGGAAUGUUUUUUAUUCUCAAAGUUUUCAUUGAACUUCAGUUAUGUGCAAUUCAUUCGGCAUACAGCCUUUUGAUACUUUUCGUAUCAUACUUUUCCAGAGUGUAUAUAUAUUAUUGUCCGUACAAUAAGUUUUAAGUCGUCGCACAACAUUUAUCGAUUGUACAGAAUUAUGCUGCACAUAAUUUUGUUUAUUCAGUGACUGGUUAUAACUAGGCUUACUGUUCAUAUUGGAACUAUUCAAAGUGUUUUAUCAUUGUCACUCUAGAAAGAUUUGUUUGAUUCAAGAUUUCCGUUCAAUUGCUGACAUUGUAUUUACCAGAAGAAUAAUUUUCAUUCUCAAUGUUUUUCAUAGAACUAGAACUCAAGUAUCAUGUUAAUCUGCAUCUACUAAAGCGUAAUUCUCCGUUAUAAUUCCUUUUAGUCUUAUUAGCUGUUGGCACUUCAGUGGUCGCAAAUACCUUAGCACAAAGACCACCUCAUAAUUCUGCUUCUGAGUGAGUGCAAGUGAGCUUGUUUUGAGAAAAUUUACUUAUUGAACAAACAAUAAGUAAACAUCGAUAUCAUAUCGUACUGUGAUGCUCGCUAUUUUCAAAGUUUUAUUGUUACUUCUAAAAUCGAUACAUAUCCAAUUGUAAAUAUAUUGUGAAUUUUUUCUUCACCUAUUUCCUGAUGAAGCGUCAUUGUUUAAAAUCGUCAUCUACUUCUUACUAUUUUUCAAUUUGUUUGCAACAUGGUAUUUUACGGGUAUUUCCAUACAUAUCACCAAAGUUUCUAGUUAAAAACACUGAUAUUUAGUGAGAUACUACAGUUUUAAAAGGACUGGGAAAAAUAGCUUCCCAGUUCAUUACGCAUUGGGUAAGAUGGUUGGCAUGAAGUCGAAACCAUGACUUCUAACAUACAUCGCAAUACCUGUUUAAUACAUGUGCAUGUCACUAUAAUUCAAAAUUAUUAAUUGGCCUCAAUCGCUACUGGAAAAAUAGAGGUCGUUGAAGCAUUUAAAAUUUGUGGUCGAAGAGACUCAAUUUAAAAAAACAAUUGUUUCAAGACUUUAAAUCCUGAGAGCAAAAGAACCCCCCGUCUGAGAUUCGUGCGCCAUUUUGAAAGUGUUGAAUAGUUUUUCCCUUCUUGAUAUUCAUCCCGCAUGAGAAGCUUCGAAAUUUGAUUUUCCUGAUUCCGUGCAAUAGUUUAUGUACCUAAAGAAUGACUAGCAUGUGAAUGCUCUUUGUCAGAUUUUUAUUAUUAUUAUCUGCAUUAGUGAUGAUUUAUGACUUGGAUUGAUAUACAGUUUGUAUUUGUGAAAUUGCUAAUUGGUUUAACUAGCUGUUGCGGUAGCCAAUGCCAUACUCCUGUACUUUUGAUUGAUACGUUGUUUAUCUCAAUUUCUGUAGUUUCGUCUUUGUUGAUUCUAAUACAACUUGUGAUGUGUAGCGUAAUAA